GAAGGAGUGAGAAGAGAUACAUAAUAGAGCGCUCGAAGUAUCUUACUUUACAAAACAGUUUUUUUUUAGGAAUUGGACGUAUUGGUUUAAAAUUAGCCUUUUAAGGCGUCACUCGUAACUUAAAGUAGCGCAUCCUAUACCGUCUCGCACAAUAACCUAUAUUCUUACAAAUUAUAGACGUUUCGCCCUAAGCAGAGAAAAGUCUCAGCAUGGAAAACAUUAACAUGAAGGGAGUCAUCGUAAAUAAUGCGACUAAGACUUAUGGCGCUGGAAAGAGCAAAUGUGCGAUACUAAGAGGACUUGACAUGACCGUGAAAAAAGGAACAAUAUACGGUUUGCUCGGAGCCAGCGGUUGCGGUAAGACGACCCUGUUGAGUUGCCUCGUCGGACGUCGCCGACUGAAUAGCGGAGAAAUUCUCGUCCUGGGACAUGAGCCUGGAUCACCAGAAGGCGGAAUCCCCGGUCCAAAAGUCGGCUACAUGCCGCAAGAACUGGCCUUGUUCGAUAACUUGAGCAUCAAAGAAACGCUCCACUAUUUUGGCCGCAUCUACAAUUUGAAAACGGAUUUCGUCGAUUCGCAAUUGGAGUUUCUGUCGAAGUUAUUAGACCUUCCCCCGAGUCAUCGUUACGUCGGGACGCUGAGUGGUGGCCAGCAAAGACGCGUCUCUUUUGCUGUCGCCCUUUUCCACGAACCGGAGCUGCUCAUCUUGGACGAGCCAACGGUUGGCGUUGAUCCUCUUCUUAGACAAAGCAUCUGGAAUCAUCUUGUCCGCCAGAGUGUAGACCAUGGAAGAACAGUGAUAGUCACCACUCACUACAUCGAAGAAGCUCGACAAGCCAACACGAUUGGAUUGAUGCGCUCGGGUCGGCUGCUCGCGGAAGACUCGCCGGAGAAUCUGCUUAGGGAUUACAACCAAACUUCGCUGGAGAAUGUAUUUCUGGAGCUCUGCAUGAAAAACGACGAAAAUAAACUUACUUCGAUUGUCACUAACGGUACAAGUUGUAACCACGCUGACUACAAUAAUGAACAGACAAAACAGUCGCAGGGAGGCGAUGACAACAGGGUCUUUGAGGAAAGCGCACUGUCAAACGUAACUGAAAUGGAUAUCGCCAUCCAACUCCAGAAUCAUAACAAUUGCGACGUUAUAUCACCAACUGAUUCUUUUGUGAACAUAUCACAGUUCAAUCCUGCCAUCUGUGUCACGACUGAAAAGUCUGACCGGUCGGGCGGAAGCGAAACGAGUAGCGGACUCCAAUUUACUGGCAGCUCAAGCAGUACGACUUACGGCAAACGUCCAAAUUGGCCCUUCCGGGUAUCCCUGCCGUCCCCGCAUCGCCUCGUUGCGCUCAUUCGAAAGAAUUACUUGCAGACUUUUCGAAACAUUGGGAUUGUUCUAUUCAUCUACUUGUUGCCCCCCUUCCUGUCAACUGUUUUUAAUGCGACUCUCGGACAUGACCCGAUUGGCCUCAAGUUGGCCAUUGUCAACGACGAACUGGAUCUGAGUCAAGGUCGAAUCUGCACCAGCAACACAACGGACUGCACUUAUUCCAUGCUCAGCUGUCGCUACCUUCGCUUUAUCAAGGAUAACAUCAUUCAGGUCCCAUACGACAACGUGUCAGAAGCUCUGGAAGCUGGAAGGAAUGGCCAAGUUUGGGGUGUGAUCCAUUUUGGACAUAAUUUUACAGAGGAAUUUGAGAUUCGACAAGAGGCUGGAGAUUCGGCAACGUUAGAAAACAUUAUCCGCAGUCGAAUAAGCGUCAACAUCGAUUCGUCCAAUAAAAUUAUUCACUCGUCUAUCGAAAAAUGGAUUUUGGAGGGUUUUGAAGAUUUUUACAAGGAUUUUAUGAGGUCUUGUGGACAUGAGCCAGAGGCUGGUUUUAUUCCACUUGAGUUUCUUGAUCCCGUGUACGGCCAAAAUGAUACCCCGUUCACUGAAUUCAUGGCUCCCGGAAUAAUAAUUUCACUUGUGUACUUCAUGGGAGUCUCAUUAACAUCAGGCGUCUUCAUUACAGAAAAGCAACAAGGUCUUCUUGACCGCAAUUUGGUGGCAGGAGUGCAGAUGGUUGAAGUUCUGAUGAGUCAUUUAGUCAAUCAAUUUACCGCAAUGAUUGGUCAAACCGUGCUAGUUUUCUUGGUUAUGUUACUGAUCUUUAAUAUUCCUUGCCACGGGAGUUUGGGCCUAGCUGUAUUCAUUACUUUCCUUCAGAGUUUUGUCGGAAUGAGCUUCGGUUUGCUGAUCGCCACUGUGUGUGAAGAUGAAAUUGGCGCCCUUAUACUUUCGCAGGGAAGUUUUCUUCCAUUGACAGUAAUCAGCGGAUUUGGUUGGCCAAUCGAAGGAAUGUCGUUUUACCUUCGCUAUAUUGCCUAUUGCUCGCCGAUGGCGUACGCCAUUAAAUCUUUGAGGUGUGUUUUCACUCGAGGAUGGGGUAUUGAACAAACUGACGUCUAUGCCGGAAUUUUAAUCAGCAUUGCCUGGAUUAUUUCUCUGCUGAGUUUAUGUUUGAUUGUUUUACACGCGCGCAAAAAUUCGAGUUAAGUGAAUUAAACCCGAUUAAAUCCGCAAGAGAUUUUUUUGAAUUUUCAUCCAGAGAAAAUGUUUGAAAUGGGUCCUCUUAUAAGCUUUACUUAUCCACCGGGUAUACUUCCCUUCUGCUUUAAAAAUUUUAUAUAAAAACUGUAAUGAUUUUAUAGAGCGGGAAAUUUUCAAAUUUGGGCGAAUUGGGUACGGGCUAGUAUAGCAAAUAAUGACGUGUUAUUCAAUACAAGUAUUUCCAUUGCGCGGGUAUAUCGGAGCGCGUUAUCUUUUUGGUUGCAGCGCCACAAAUUAGUAUGUAGAUUGUUUUUUUUUACGUAAUAAACUUUUGAAGGCCAUGCAUGACUAGACGAAUAAACUUAAUAAGGCAUAAAAACGCUCGCCUUCGCAAAGUUGCCUUGAUGCUUAUAUGUUAUAUAAAUAUUAAAUACAAUGUACCUGUGCUUAUA